AGAGAGAGAGAGGCAGAGAGGGCUGACGGCAGGUCGGUCAGUCAGUCAGCGAGCGGGUGAGCGGUGUGUUUUGAGCGCAGAAAGCCGCAUCAGGAGGCGCAGUGCGAGGUUGAGGGCGGGGCGCAGUGUGAGGUUGAGGGCGGGGAUGGGUUUGUCUCGGAGCUCCUCAGGGUUUGUUAUUGUUACUUUUUAUUUACUUCUGUUUAUGAAAUAGAAAAGCCGCUGAAGUCGUGAAAAGAAACUCGAACUGAUGUGAGACUGGAUCGCAGCCUGACUGCGGCUUGAUCUUCUUCCUCUUAACUUUUUUAAUAAUAAUAAUAAUAAUAAUAAUAAUAAUAAUAAUAAUAAUUGGUGGCGUUAUUAGAGUGACUCCGCAGUCAUGCCGGACCAGCUGUCAGUGUGUGAGUUUAUAGACAUUACCUCUGAGGAUUAUAAAGCGCCCACAACAUCCAUCUUCACCACCCGGAUGGGCCACUGCAGGAACACAGUGGCAGGACUCGAGGAGGUUCUGGAUGCAGACCGGAUUAUUCUGAGCAAGAUGAAGAAGUCUAUCAAGGCUAUAAAUGGCUCUGGCCUAACCCACGUGGAGAAUCAAGAGCAGUACAGUCAGUCUCUGGAGAAGUUUGGGGAAGCGUGUGUGUACCGAGACAACCCAGAUGUGGCAGCAGCAUUCCUUAAGUUUGCAGUCUUCACCAAAGAACUCACAGCACUCUUCAAGAACUUAUUACAGAAUAUGAACAACAUCAUCACCUUUCCUUUAGACAGUCUGCUGAAAGGAGAUCUUAAAGGACUGAAAGGGGAUUUAAAGAAGCCUUUUGAUAAAGCCUGUAAAGACUAUGAAACCAAAGUUAAUAAGAUUGAGAAAGAGAAGCGGGAGCAUGCCAAGCUGCAUGGGAUGAUCAGGACAGAGAUCAGUGGAGGAGAGAUCGCUGAGGAGAUGGAAAAAGAAAGACGAGCCUUUCAGCUCCAGAUGUGUGAGUAUCUCAUCAAAGUGAAUGAAAUCAAAACCAGGAAGGGGGUCGACUUGGUGCAGAACCUCAUCAAAUAUUUCCAUGCCCAGUGCAAUUUCUUUCAGGAUGGGUUAAAAGUCGUGGAGAAUCUUAAACCAACCAUGGAAAAAAUGUCCACAGACUUAACAGGAGUUAAACAAGCACAAGAAGGAGAAAAGAAACAGCUGGUCCAGCUUCGAGAUAUUUUAAAGUCAUCCUUACAGACAGAACAAAAAGAGGACUCUCAGGCCAAACAGAACACCGGCUACAGUCUCCACCAGCUGCAGGGUAACAAGGCUUACGGCACGGAGCGCUCCGGGAUGCUCUCCAAACGCAGUGAAGGGCUGAGGAAGGUGUGGCAGAAACGGAAGUGCUCAGUGAAGAGUGGAUAUUUGACCAUUUGCCAUGGAACGGCAAACACACCACCAGCCAAACUCAACCUGUUAACCUGCCAAGUGAAAUGCAACCCGGAGGAAAAGAAGUGCUUUGAUCUCAUAUCCCAUGACCGUACAUACCGUUUUCAAGCGGAAGAUGAAGCAGAAUGUCAAAUAUGGGUGUCAGUACUGCAGAACAGUAAAGAAGAGGCCUUGAACAAUGCGUUUAAAGGGGAUCAGGAUGAGGGCGAGAACAAUAUCGUGCAGGAGCUUAGCAAAGCCAUCGUGAGUGAAGUGAAGAGGAUGAGUGGCAACGAUGUGUGCUGUGACUGCGGCGCCCCUAAUCCAACAUGGCUCUCUACUAACCUGGGGAUUCUGAUCUGCAUUGAAUGCUCGGGUAUCCAUCGGGAAAUGGGGGUGCAUUACUCCAGAAUACAGUCUCUGACUUUAGAUGUGCUGGGAACAUCAGAACUCUUGCUGGCGAGGAAUGUGGGAAAUGCCGGCUUCAACGACAUCAUGGAGGCAAAACUAUCAGGAGAAGAAAUGUCUAAACCCAACCCUUCUAGUGACAUGCAGAGCCGCAAAGAUUUCAUUACAGCUAAGUACACAGAGAAGCGCUUUGCUCAGCGCAGACGUACUGAUCCGAUCGCCAAACUGCGCAGUCUGUACGAUGCAGUGAAGAGCCGUGACAUCUUCUCCCUGCUGCAGGUUUACGCCGACGGAGUGGACCUGACCGAGACCUUCUCCAUGGCCAAUGAACAUGAGCAAGGCGAGACAGCUCUACAUCUGGCUGUACGAAUAGUAGAUAGAAACUCCCUCCAUAUUGUCGACUUCCUUGUACAGAACAGUGGGAAUCUGGACAAGCAAACUGUAAAAGGAAACACAGCACUUCACUACUGCUGCCUGACAGACAACAGCGAGUGUCUGAAACUGUUACUGCGCAGCAAAGCCUCCGUCAGCAUGAUCAAUGAAGCUGGUGAGACACCACUGGAUGUUGCCAAGAGGCUGAAACACACACAGUGUGAGGAACUGCUGUCCCAGGCACAGACUGGCAAAUUCAAUGUCCAUGUGCAUGUGGAGUAUGAGUGGUGUCUGCACAAUGAAGACCUGGAUGAGACUGAUGAUGAGAUGGAGGACAAGCCGAUCCCUCAGAAGCGAGAGGACCGGCCUGUAAGCUGCUUCCUCCCAGGCAACACCUCUGCCCAACCCAAUAUGGCUGCUCUGGCACGGGAUGUGGUCAAUGCUGUGCGGGAAAAGCAGAGAGGCUUCAUCCCCAGCAUGAUGUGUAAUGAGACCUACGGCACCAUGAUGGAUCUCAAUCCCCCUUCCCCUGUACUCCCCGUACCACAGCUCCCUCCACGCAACCCUCUCGCUGGAGCUGGCAACUGGAAGCCUAUGGAGACAAUAGGGAGGCAACGAUCCUCCUCAGACCCGCCCAAUCUUACCAGUCCAGAGAACAUCUAUGUUCUUCCUCCUGUUCCUCCUCCUCCGCCUCCUCCUCCUCCAGUUAUCAAGAAGCCAAGUGCCCAGGAACCUAAGACCCAAACCAAGAAUACCCCUCUGCCUCCAGUGCCACCUGCACCGCCAGUCCCGCCCAGUAUUCAAAAGCUUCCGGUGCCCCCAGCCCCCACCGCCCCGAUACUUAUGGUGCCCCCGCCUCCCCCAGUGCCCCCACCCUCAUACAAACCCACACCACCUAGUAUACCCAUACACCCCAAAGCCCCUGCACUCAAACCCAUCCCAGGAGCUGAGAAAAAUCUUCCCAAACUGCAAAAACACAAGCCUAGGCCUGGUGAAAGAACUGAAACAGAUGCUUCCCUAUCAGCAGCAAGUUCUGUACCAACAUCACCGCCUGCUCCACCCCCUGUCCCCAAACCUAGAAUGUCUCAGGUAAAAAAUAAACCUAAGCGGGUGAAAGCCAUCUACAAGUGUGUAGCUGAUAACCCAGAUGAACUGACUUUCACUGAGGGAGAGGUGAUCAUAGUAGAUGGAGAGGAAGACAGUGAGUGGUGGGGCACAUUGAAGGCGAUCCUAUCAGAAGAGGAGCGUUCCCUGUUUCAUUUGUGCACUUCAUCACUGACUGAUAGGAGUUCAGCUCUGGGAUGGACACUGAAACUGCUGCUGCAGCGUAUGGGACUGUAUCUCACCUCCUGCCACAUGUUGAGUUUAAAUAGAACGAAUACGGAAAUUCAUCACUUAAGCUUCCUUUAAUCGUCAGCCAUCUCACUCCAGUAAUUUAACGCCUUGAGAACGGAUUGCUUAGUAUGACGGGUAACGUUGUUGUGAAGCCAGAUAUCUGCUGGACUUCUAUUCUUGUGUUUAAAAAGUAUUUUGUAUGUUUUGAGAGUUUGGUCGCAGAGCAACCGUCAGGUAACUCUUCGUUUUUCUCAAAGCUCUGCUACUGCACAAAGUCAUUAAAUAAUAAUAAGAAGAAUUUUA